AUGAUUGUGGCACAAAAUGACAGAGGACAUCUGCUGGUAUCUGUUCAAAACUGCCAUGUGAGCACUGGUGAUAUUGAAGUCCAGCUGAAUGGUGAAGGAAGGUGGUAUUAUUAUGCUUUUGUUCAACAUUUGGAAAAUGCUAUACGCACAAGGCUGGAAAACCAACUCUGCCUAAAUGUUGAUUUAAGAAUCCAGAAAGAGGCUGAAGUACUUAAGAGACUAAAGGGUGUAUUCUGGAUUAAUCCCUUUAUCCAAGUAAAGUAUUCCCUUAUUAAACCUCCUGAAGUCUUUAAAUCCUAUGUUGAUCUGGAUUUUAAGGUUUCUGUGUAUCUAUCAAGAAAUCAUACAGAGUCUACCUUUGUGGCAGCCCCCUUCCCUCUUCCAGAGAAGAAUGACUAUAUGCUGUUCACUGGAAUUUCUGAAUCUUUGCUAAACUCCAUUUCAUUAACUUAUUACACUACUAGAGUGUCAAAGAUAACUUUUUCUGAAGAGCAUUCUUCAUAUUUUAACUUAACCACAGACACCUUAAGCAGAAUCAUUCCUCAAGUUAUGCAGUAUUAUACUGAAUCACAUCCAGUGAGAAUGAAAUUAAUGGUUACUGCAGCUCCAAUUGUAAGGUUGCAAAAUAACAGUUUCACAAUGGAGUUUCCUUGUUUUGUAGUAGUAUCUGCUCUUCUGUCCAACUUAAUUAUGCAGCCCCUCUUUGUUGUGAAUAUAUCUGUAGGUCUGAAUGCCAGUGCAGCAAUAGUUAAACAAAAGCUAAUUGUCUCAUUGCAGCUCCAGAGAUUACAUCUCUCUCUGACUUACUCAAACAUUGGCUCUUUCCAGGUCCAACAUUUGAAGAACUUCCUGUCUUAUUCCUUACAAAAUACAGUAAUUCCACCAAUCAGUGCUGCACUGAAGAGAGGAUUACAGUUACCUACAAUGGCCAGACUUGCUUUCCCUGAAACCGUCACUGAAGUUAACCAGGGAUAUAUACUGAUUUCCACUGAUGUAAAAUACAAAUAUUAAGGAAACAGAUAUUUCAUCAGAUGGAGGAAAUACUGUGGAAUACUUAGCACUCUGUAAGCAGUUUUCUCUAGAUGUUUUCAAAGAAGACCAUGGCUGCACUUUUUGGAAUAAGAGUGGAAAAAACAAAACGUUGAGCAUCUAUAAACUUAGAAAUGCUAUGGACAAAUAAUUUGUUGGCAUGACAACAUCACAUUUCAAAAUCUCAAAACUUUGUUUAAUAUGUUUAAAAUUACUGUUUGUGAAAGUGAUUGUAUCUUCCUAUACUCUCUCAGGCAUUGCACGUGCAACCCUUAUGUUUUGUAGUUACGGUAUUUCUUUUAAGAAAGAGAGCAAGUGUGCAAGUAUUUCUUUGGGUAAGGAAAAAGGUGCUUGUGAAAAGACAUUAUGGACCUGAUAAUUUUUUAGUGCUUGCUUAGGACCUAACAGUAUGCAGCAUGCAUUAUCUCUGUCUAGGAUUACCAAAUAUGUGAUAAUAUAAGAAAAAAGUUGAACAUAUUCUGUAUUGCUUAAAUGGAUUGACUUUUUUAAUAGAUAUUUUGAGCCUCCUCACUAUUCUUUGUUGGA